UGACCGAACAGACCGAAGUAGGUCCCCGGAAUUUAACGAGCCGUACCAUUUUUGCUAACGCGGGGUGUUUACGGGAAAUUAAUGAUUGUUUGUUGCCGCUUUCUCACCCAACGUAUAAGCACGAUGUUCAUUGGAACACACUUCCGACUUCCCGGUUAGCGUAUUUUAUUCUUUUUGUAUGCAUGAGCCGAAAAAUGUGAUUGCUUUAUAACUUUGUCAUAUGAGUUCCACCCGCCUGACCAAGGUGACGGUUUGGCUCAAAAUGGCUGGAGAGAAACAGUUCUGAGGAUCGACGGUAUUACCAGGUAUUUACGAAAAAUGAGCCUGUCUGUAGUGUGAAGGUGCUUCCUCCACAUAACUGGGGAUCCAGGUGGGGAUGGAGGUGGUGGUGGGGGAGCUAAUAGCAAGCAGCUGCCUCAGCUGGACCUUACCUUUCCCUUGGCCUGCUGCUCUCUCAGGCUAGCCUGAAUGUCAAAACACCAAAACUCCUACUUUACUCAAGUUCUGGUGUAUAGUCAAGACAAAGUAGAAGAAAAAGCUCGAUCCACCUUGAUGAUUGAUACCUUCCUUUGAGGCCGUGUGGGGGAGUGUGGAGAGGGGGGGACAGGACCACAUCCCGGGCACCACCCAGGAAGAGGAGGAGCGAGGGAGCAGCUUAGGAGGAAGGAUCAUCCAGUCGUUGGUAGCCAGUGAGUCCAGUCUUUCUGAUGAAGAGCCUUCAGUUCCGGAGUAUUGCCCCUAAGGCCCCAACUGUGGUGCCCUCCCCCUCCCCUGCGGUCCUGUCCUGCCAGCCUCCAACUGCCCUCCCUGAGGCUACCACUGCCUCCAGCCCCAAGUCCAUUAUUGUGCCCACCCAAAACUAUGCACUAAUGCAAAUAGCCGGCCAAGAUGGCACUUUCUCUCUGGUGGCACUGCCCCCUUCUGUCUCCUCUCAGACACCGCAGCAACAACAGCAACAAACCCAGUCAAUUCAAAAGAAUCUCAAGUUACCCAUUCCAAGAUACCAGCCAGUGAGGAGCAAGGGGACAAGAGAUAAGGUCAAAUCACCACCACUAGCUGCCAGGGUGAAAACAGCCUCCAAGGUUGCUGUGACAGCACAGACCAAGUCAGUGGGCUGUGGGGCUUCAACAGUAACGAAGAAAAAACAACUUGAGUCCAAGCACACAAUAGAAACCACAGUGCCCAAAGAGGAGUCUUCAGAGAAGUUAAUUAUGAUUGACUCAGCCUCCUCUGACAUCUCUGUUACUGCUUUACUCCCAGAUAAUGCUGUCCUGUACCCGGGUUCUCAGUUAGAGCGAACACCAGAUAGCUCUGAACGACCUGCUACAACCAGCCUUAUUCAGAACCUCCAGUUCCCCCCUGCUGCUAUCAAGAGUUCACCAUGCAAAACUCCAGAGGAAAGUAAGACUACAGUGAGGCUGUGCCAAUCUAAGCCUUCUGCUGCCCAGCCCCAGAUCACUGUCCUGUCCCCAGCUAUCUUCAGCAAAGCAGUCCAGAUUAUCCCAACCCCACCUAAGGGCAAACUGCCCAUCCUGCCAUACUCUAAAAUGAAGAGUACCCUCAUCCCAGCUGCCAAACUCAGCGAUUUGUCUCCAGAGAAGAAAGGUUUUUCCCGCCAGACAAGACUCACCAGCCCCUUAGAUCCCACAUCCAAGACCCUUGAGACAGCUGAAGCCUUGGGUCACAUUCAGGUGCCAGACUCCACUCUACAAUCCAAGGAAAAGACCGCAGUCAUGCCUGUAUUGGGAACCCUCCAGAAGCCACCUGGAAAGAAAAGGGGACGGAAGAGAAAGACUAUGGAAGACAUCUUGGCAUUUGAGGCCAGAAAGAAGAGGUCCUUGUCUUUUUUCCGUAGAAGGGUCCCAGAGAAACCACUUUCAGUUAUUCCAGGCUCCAAACAAAAGGAAGUUGAUAUUUCAAAGAAAUACCGCAGCAUUCGACCCAAGCCCAUGCUGGUUAUGGAGACAGUUCCUCAACUGGUGAGUUUGCCUGCUAUUAACCCAGAUGGCCAAGAUCAGGAACUUGUGCUUGGUCAUCAGCUCCCCACCACUACUGCAACAAAGGCCCUGGACUGCCCUCCUCAACCAGCCUCAGUAACCCUCCACCUGAGAGGUGCCUCACAUCCAAGAGUGUUCAUAGGCAGCCGUACACUCUACCGUUGCCCCACCUGCAGCCGCUGUUUCCAGUUUAAGCAUCACCUCCAGAGCCACAUGAACAGCCACACCAACAGUCGACCCUACGUCUGUCCAGUCUGCCGCAAAGCGUAUGCUCACUCUGGCAGCCUGAGCACCCACAUGAAGCUUCACCACUCUGAGGUACGCCCACGUCGGUCCCUAAGCUGUGAGUUCUGUGAGAAGUCCUUUGGAUACGUGGGGGUUUACUUCAGUCAUCUGAGAGAGGUCCACAAAGUGGUGCUGACAGUGGAGCCGUCCAUCAGCCAUCAUGAAGAUGAUGUAUCUGUGGAGGGGGUGAAUUCCCCAGAGCCAUCAGAUGAGCAGGAUCAUGAAGACCCUGUGGAGCUGCAGAUUAAAUGCGGUCGGUGUCAUGCCAUCACUCCCACCUUUGCUGACAUGAAGAUGCACUUGCUCUAUGUGCAUGGGGAGGAGGUACAGGUCCGACUUCACGACAGCCAACACUCACAGGGUGGCCGUGAGGCUGAGAAAGAGCUGGUAAAACAUGCUGCUCACUACUGGCGGCAGCUCAAUGAGAAGCGUAGCCCAGUCAAGUGUGGCAGCUGCGAUGAAGAGUUCUUCUCAUUUUCCAAGCUUAAAAAGCACAUCAUUUCCCACCACCAUGGAAGGGAGGGGGAAGAAAGUGGGGUCCUCUCAUCACCUGAUAGCAGUGGAGGCCUUGGGGUCCUUGCAGCAGGUACAGCCUUUAACUGUGUGCUUUGCAGCGAGGUGUUGGACACUAAAGAGGGGGUUAUGGAGCACUGGAGGAGCCGCCACCAUUGUGAGCAGCCCAGCCUGCUGUGGGACGCACUGAGCUCAUAUUCUGGUCAGGAAGAGAGCGAAGCUGAUGGGGAUGGGGAUCUGGACACUCCUGCCCCAAGUCCACACUAUCCAGCCUAGCCCUUGGAUGGGCGUGGAGUCCUUCACUGUGGCUCUUCUUCAUACGCACUCAGUCCUAAUAAUCGGCAGCACAGGGAUGGAGACUUUCUCUUAUGUCUUUUAACACUAAUUUCGUCUUUGACCAGUUGAAGUAUAUGAUGUGGUCCAAAGGAAAAAAGAAUAUCAAGUCAAUGGUGAAAAUUGAUAUUUGUGUUAUAAUUCAUAAGGGAUAUUCUCUCUAGGUCAGAGAAUCAGAUUUUUUUUUAUAAUAUUAUUUUUCGUGUUGUUAUUUUGAUUGCACUGUUCUGUUUUUGGACUUCAGUUUGUUUGGAAGUAUGUAUUUAAUGUCCUGUUGGAUUAUUUUUUUCUACUGCUUAUUUAAAUGUUAUUAAAAGGGUAAUUUAUAACCUAGCUGACACAGUAAAACUGUUAAAAGGUCAUUUCACCCAAACACUUACCCCUUGUGAUAUCUACCCAUGCAGAUAAUUUGGUUUUAUGCACGCACAUAUUUCAGUUUGUGGUUGGUAUCUUAACCCCUAAGCCACAGGGAACAGAACUUUUAUCAUCAUUAUUUUUUGUUUUGUUUCGUUUUUUGUUUUUUUUUUUAACUUAAAUGAGAAAUGUCAUUUUUUAAGUAUUGUGAGUAUGACAAGCAAAUUUCCUUUCACCUCCAUUUUAUGAAGGUAAAGGCAAAAAUCUCAAAGAUAUCUCAACUGAAAAUACUAAAUCUGCAUGCCUAGAUAGCACUAUGAGAAAGUGAUAAAACGUGUUUAGAAUUUGGGUGGACUGACUCUUUCAAAUAUUGAGAAACGUAAAUCUCAUAACAAGGGCACACUGUCUAUUAUCACACUGGCUGACUGUUUAUUGGCCUUGGAUUAUUACAGGUUAGAAGAAAUCACAAUGUGUACACAGUUCUAUGAUGUAAUGCUCCUGUAACAGAAAAUUCAUAUUUUCAGCCAUGACUUGAAUUUCACAGUCUGACAAAGGGCAGUAAUAGGGUCUUCUGUCAACCUGGACCCAUUAUGGAACACUUUCCUAACCAGCACCCAAGUGACAUUCUUGUGGCCUUCGGAAAAAUCGGUGUUCAUGCGUAAUGUGGCUUAUCGUCAGUGUGGUCCUCUGUAGGCCAAGUUCUAUCUCUUUGACUUCUUGAUUAAUGCCUAUAUAUAUGUAUUCUGUGAUAUGCCAAGGGUCUUUUCACACUAGUGAUUGUAGAAGUGAGUUAGCAUUUAAGCGUUUUAACCACUGACAGAAUACCUUGUGUUGACUUAGUAAAUACGCAAAGGAAACCAUUGAAUUGCCUACCUGUUGUUGCCAGCUCAUGUUCGCACCUGUGGAAUUGUGUGCACCCAGACUCUAUUGUUAGAGUCAAUAUAAACUGUUGUCCAGUCCAGAAAAAUAUGCUAUUUUAUACUCUAGAUUAAUACAGAGGUCUUUUAGUAUAUGUAUGCUUGUUGUUGGUCCUUAAAGAACCAGCACUGAGACAUUUAUUAUGUUGGCUUCUUCUAAUAUUGAGGAUACAUAAUGUCUUGUUUCUUGACUGGGAGGCCAUUCCUACAUGGCAAUUAGCUCUGUUAACAUUUGUCUGUGGUUAUGUUUCAUAUGGAAAAAAAAAAAAAACAUAACAGGAUUAAAUGAAUGUACCUGAAUGUUUAAAAAAAUCUUACCAAAAGUAUAUGUAUGCUAUAUAGACUAAUUCUAUAGAUAGAUUAUAUAGAUAUAUUGAGAAAAAAUAUAUAUUUACAUAGAGUAACUAGUGAAUCAGCUGCUUUGUUCCGUCACAGUGGAGGGAAACAAGAUGAAUAUAUCAUGCCAAAACUGGCAACAAAAGCCAUGUAGAGUUGUCCUUAUGUUUCUGACACAAACGUAGGACUUUGAAUGAAGGGCAAAGCACUGAUGUGUACAUGUAACUCUGAGUGGGUAAAGUACAGUAUACAGUACUACUGUUCGUCAAAUGCCAUGUUUGGGUGUCCAUCAGUGAACUGUCCUUUCUUUUCAAGCCCUUAACACAAACCAGGAAGUGACAGAAUUAAAGGUCAGACUCUUCUUUCCUCAGAUGAGAAACAUACAUGACUGUCAGCACAAGUUGAAAAGUGAAAAAAAUCCACAUUUGGUGAAAUAAUGUGUUUGGCUCACUUGAUUUAAAAAAAAAAAAAAAACUGUCCAAAAAAAGACAAAGUGUUUGUGCUUGUGACUGUGUACCUGAAGAACCUGAUGUUUAUGACAAUAAAGAUAUGCUUUGUUGAGGAA